CGUUCAUGGUUGCAAGAGCAGGCAAGAGAGAGUCAAAAAGAGACGAGAGUGGCGAGGAGGAGGAGGAGGAAGAGGAAGAGAAAGCAAGCUGAGGACAAAGGCUAUCGUUUGUUCGUCGAGGCGGAGGAGGCCGGGAGCGGGCACGAGCCCCACGCAAUCUGUCGGCAGCCAAACCGCCGCUGGGCUGCCUUUCCUCUGUUUACCUGAUUAGAGCAUUGUUGUUGCUGUUGUUCUUAUUCAUUUGGAUAUCAAGAGUUGAUUACUGUAUAUUUAUUCUCUAGUGGAUAGACAGCUGUCGAUUGUAUUCUUUUCUUGUAUUAUUUCCGCACCCGGCCAAUUGCUCAGCUGAGAUCAUCCACUCCUCCAUCACCCACCACCACACAACACAACUCAGCCAUGGCAGAGUACAUCGGCCUCAAGAUCAGCGUCCAGCUGCAGAACGGCACGAAAUUCACCGGCGAGGUCGCAGACAUCAACGGCACAAAAUUGCGUCUGAUCAAUGUGCUCGAUUCAUCAACCUCAUCCCACGUUCCCUCGCGCGUGGUCGACGGCAGCAAAAUUGCUGAUCUCCAGAUCAUCAAUCCUCCUGCUGCAGAACCAACCGGUUCUCAAAAGAAGAAAUCGCGAACGGCUGCAGCGCAUUCCAACGGCGCCUCGUUCACGCCGCCGCAAUACAACGACCCGGCGAUCUUGACUUUACAAAGCGGUGAUUCGCAGCCGGCUGGGUCGUCGACCGAAGACGAGACCACCGAAGGCGAAGAGUCGUCGACGAUCUCGUCUGAUCUGGCGGCGGUUCACAUAUACGAUGGGUCCCCCCAGCCACCCAAGAAAACAAAAAAGAAGAACGGCCGACCGGCUGAUCUGCAUCGACGAGAACCCUCGGCUACCCACGUCCCUCGCCCGUUUGCCAAUAAGCGCAAGAACGGAAGACGGUUUAACGGCGACUAUCAGGAUGACAGCUGGGUGGAUGAGGAUACUGCAGAAUUCAAAGACACCGAGUUUGAUUUCCAGAGCAACCUCGAAAAGUUCAACAAGAAGACUGUUUUUGAUGAAAUUAGACUGGCAGACACCACCGAUCCGACCGCGCGUUUGGUGUCGCUUAAUCGCAAAGAUGGCAUGAAUACAGUGUCGGCGCAUGAUGUGCAACAAGAACACAUACGAGCGUUGCUCAAGAAACCUCCAAAGAAGGAUUUCUUGCCGACAGAGAAUGUGUUGGGAUCAACGGUGGCUGCAUGGCAAAGUCUUUCUGAUUCCGAAGACGAGGAAACCUCGCAGGUGGUGGUUCAGGCGGUGGACGAGGCAAGCGAUAUUGAUAAAGAGAUCAGACAGCAGCAGCGCAGAAUCUCACAGGCUCGCGCUAUGUCCCGAUCUUCGAGCAGGAAUGCUACGCCGCCGGCCUUGCGUCCCCCUCGCCGACUUGUUUACGACACUGGUGAGCGAAUGGCGUUUGGCUGUCCUACGUUUACGACCGAGCAGAUUCUCGCGGUCGAGCAGGCGGCGACUACGUUGUACUCGCUUACUCCCGAGCAGCUGACCGAAAACGCGGGUGCUGCGGUUGCGAAGCUUGCGAUUAGUAUUCUAGGCGGCAAGCGCCGCUUUGAGCGCCGUCGCAUUCAGGUCAAUGCGCUGCCGGUCGUUGUUGUUCUUGCCGGGAACCACGAGACUGGAGCACGGACUAUUGCUGGAGCGCGCAUGCUGGUGAACAGACGAGUGCGGGUGGUGGUGCUGUUUACGGACGAUUCGGCAGAACUUGCGGCACCGAAGGAAUGCAUCGAGAGCCAACUGCGGGCGUUCAAGGCCGCAGGAGGCAAGACGACGUCGCGGCUGGACGUUUUACAGGCUACGUUGCGAGUGCUCGACGCACCACCAGAGCUAGUGAUUGACGCGCUUACCGGGAUCAAGCUGCAGGACGGCGUGGGGAGCGGAGUUCCGGGGUGGAUGUACGAGGCCGCGCAGUUUGCGGCGACGCAGCGCGCGCCGGUGAUGGCGGUGGAUAUGCCGGCAGGCGUAGAUACCGAGACCGGAGCGGUGCUGGUGAACAACAUGGGCCGCGCAAAGUGGCUGCUGUGUCUGGGAAUGCCGAGCGACGGCAUCCCGCACUAUAUGCAGUACGUGGAGGAGGUGCUGCAGAGCGACCUCGACGUGUCGGUUGCGGACAUCGGGCUGCCGAGCCGGUGCUUCAAGAAGACGCUGUCGGAGAUGCGGGCGAGCGAGGGGUUCCGGGACGGCAUCGUGUUUGGCAGCGAGUGGUCGGUGCCGGUGAAGCUGGAGUAGGAGAAGUGCUGUAUUGUAUUGCAAUAGCUGGUCAACAAUGGAAACUUCCAUUUGGGGAUAUGACAAAUGUAU